AUGCAAACCACGCGACGCGUCUUUUUCAACCCAACCAGCAUACCCAGCUUGAGGACGAAGAAACCGCAAAAUCGGGACUUCUGCAAUGCUGGGUAUGUUGCGCGGGCUGGGUUGAGGAAGGGCAAUGGAGCUGGAAUGGGGCGGUGGAGAAGUGUGCGUAAAGAGAGCACAGAGACAGGAGAGGAUUCAACAGGCCAUAUUACCGCUCAUCCAAAUGAGGGCAUUUUGUUCUUUGAUAACCUCUUUCCGUUGAAGCUUCACUGGAUUCUUCGAUUGCCCUUCCGAGGCGAUAGAAGUCUGUCAGAUCUGCUGGUCCGCUUCAAUAACCAAACUCUUGGGCCGUAUGAGCCUCUAAGUAUGGUCAAAAGAGCGAUACCAUCUUCAAUUCCUCUGAAAGUUACCGAGAUUCUUCCACGUUUAAAGGAUGGGGGUGCUUUUGUGAAAUUCUCUCACCAAGAUGGAAUCACUGCGAAAGAGAUUGAAGGUCUUGUUACUGGGUAUUUAAGAGAGCACCCGAUAAAACCUUGGUUCAACCCCUUCCGAAGGAUCAAGUCCAGUCUAGUGGUUGGCAAACCUUGGCUUGAGGACCUAUACCGGUUCCCAAGCCGUCGAAUCAGGGUGGAAUUUUGUCCAACAAGCCCAGAGAAGCAAGCUGCCGAGUUGUCUCAAGAAACCCUUUAUAGUCUAUUUCGGCGAUAUGGGAAAAUUGGAGAAAUCACUUCCCAAUCUUCUGAGUCUAAGAUUCUACCCAAGUAUGCAUAUGUCGAUUUUGCGAGGACUCGGCAUGCUAUCAUGGCAAAGAAUUGCAUGCAUGGUUUCACUGCUAAAUCUGGAGGAGGUGAAGCUGGGACCGUUAUUCGCCUUGCUUUCGAGCCAACAAUGAAGUCUCACUGGAUCCGUGAGUGGCUUGUGAAUCACCCAAGAGUUGUCAUUCCAGCUGUGGCGGCACUGGUCGCCACCUUCACGGUUGCUGUGUUCGAUCCAAUUCGAACAUUCUUCAUCAAGGCGAAGAUUGAUCAUGCCUUUAAGAUCAAGGAUAAUCGCAUUUAUAAAUGGUUUAAGAGCCAAGCCACGGAUAUUUUUACGUUUCGAUCCAGUCGGGCCGAAGAAGCUGGCCUUGGUGCAAUAUGGGACGACAGGAAGGAAGUCAUUGAGCAAUUGCAGACCUGGCUGAUGGAAACGGCUGACACAUUUGUGGUUGUACAAGGCCCGAGAGGAUCUGGGAAGAAAGAGCUUAUAUUUGAGCAAGCUUUGAAGGGCCGAAAGAACACAUUACUCAUUGACUGCAAGCCAAUCCAAGAGGCGAGGGGAGACAGCGCGACCAUCGCUGCAGCUGCAGUAUCGGUCGGGUAUCGUCCUGUAUUUUCCUGGAUGAACAGUAUCAGCAGUCUGAUUGAUCUGGCCGCCCAAGGAACUAUUGGUGUAAAAUCCGGAUUCAGUGAAACUCUCGAUGCUCAAUUGGGCAAAAUUUGGCAAAAUACAGCAACAGCGCUUAAGCAGGUAGCACUUCAGCAUCGCAAAAAGGACGAGAAAGACGUUUCGUUAGCUGAUGAUGACUGGCUGGAAGCUCAUCCAGAAUGCCGACCUGUUGUGGUCAUCGAUAACUUCCUCCACAAGAAUGAGGAGAGCAGUGUGGUGUACGACAAAAUCUCGGAAUGGGCCGCCGGUUUGACCACAGCUAACAUAGCCCAUGUCAUAUUUUUGACUAACGACAUCUCCUACUCGAAAUCUCUCAGCAAAGCUUUGCCUGAUAGAGUUUUCAGACAGAUUGCCCUCGGCGAUAUUACCCCGCAGGUGGCAAAGAAAUUCGUGAUAACCCACCUUGAUAGCGAGGAAGGCGAAUCUUCAGAGACUCCUGAAAAGCUCACGGCAAGACAGCGCCGCCGAGAUCUGGAACAGCUUGAUGAAUGCAUUGAAAUCCUUGGAGGUCGCCUUACCGAUCUCGAGUUUUUCGCUCGAAGACUGAAGACUGGCCAAACACCGAAACGUGCAGUAGCAGAGAUCAUCGAGCAGAGCGCUUCCGAGAUCAUGAAAAUGUACCUUCUCACCGUCGAUAAGGAAGGACGAAAGUGGUCCCCAGAGCAAGCAUGGUAUUUGGUCAAGACCCUCGCUGAGAACGAGAACCUUCGUUAUAAUGAAGUGCUUCUCACCAACACCUUCGCCUCAUCUCUCACACCAGCAGCCUCUAACGGCGAAAGUGUCCUCGAAGCCCUGUCCGCCGCCGAACUCAUUACCAUCAAGACUUAUAAAGGACGACCGCAGACAAUCAAAGCUGGCCGACCAGUCUACCAAGCCGCCUUCCGAAUGCUCUGCGAAGACCAGGUGCUAAAAAGUAGACUCGACCUCGCAAUCUUGACAGAAUUGACCAAGAUUGAGACCAAAAACAUUGAUAAAUACGAGACGGAACUGAAUUCGCUUGGCAGCUUACCAAAGCAACCCAGAGAAGUCGGGCCAAGAGUACAGUUUCUACUCUCGAAGUUGGCCGCAAGUCAGACUAAGGUAGAGUCUUGGGAGAAGGAGAUUGGCGCGCUCAAGAAAGUGCUUACGAACGAGUUUUAA